GUUCUUGGCGUUUGGAGUACAGAUUAUAUUCCUAAAGGAACGCGGUUUGGACCUCUGGUGGGCGAAAUAUACUACAAAGAUGAUGUUCCGACAAAUGCUAACAGAAAAUAUCUUUGGAGGGUUUAUAAUGCCUCCGCAUCAUUCUUUUACAUCGACGGAUAUAAUGUCAGCAAGUCUAACUGGAUGCGCUACGUAAAUCCAGCCUAUUCCAGUGAGAGUCAAAACCUUGUAGCCUGUCAAGUCAGACAACAGAUUUACUUUUAUACUAUAAAGCAGAUUGCUCCAAAGCAGGAGCUCUUGGUGUGGUACAGUAAAGAGUUCGCAAAUAGACUCAACUAUCCUUCAACGGGGGAACUAAUGUUUGAAACAAUCCAUCAUCAAUUGCAACUUGACAAGGAGCAGCAUUACAUCUCUCGAUCCCAUAAACCAAUACCAACAGAAGGCAGUACGCGUAGCGAUGAGGGUUACCAAAGCAACGGUGGCCAUGAUGACAUUUCCACUCAACAAGAAGAUAGUAGUGAUAUCGACAAUGAUAAUAACUAUGUUUUAGAUUUUAGUUUUAAGAGUGAGAAGAGAGAACGAGAGAGGGAAAUUCCUGGAGAAGAAAUAGUACAACAUCCCAAAGACAAAAGUGAAUUUAAAAAAGUAAAAAUCAAAAUGCCUAGGGCCUUUCACUACCGAAACAACAGCUACUCAGAGAAAAGGGAAAGAGAAAAUGAAAAGAAAAAAACAACGUUUUUAAAACCAAACCUUUGUAAUAUUAACAUUCAUGAUUGUCCAACGAUUAAUGAUGACACCAAAAAGAGAGAGUUUUCUGCUUUCACAACUUAUGGAGGGAGAAGCUUACAAGAAAAUAAACCUAACUCAACAUCUUUAGGCAUACUAGAAAAUCUACUUGAGAAAUAUUCUGAUAAAGACGUAGCAACAGCAACAUUUUUCCACGUGGAUCCUUUAUGUCAUGAACCAGCAAAAGAUCCUGCAAAAGUGGUUGUGACCAAUGAUUCUGUAACUAAAUCAGACACCAACACUGCCAGAAACCAUACACAUAAAAAAGGCUAUCAAAUCAUAAGUUACAGCAAUAAUAGCCCCGAAAUGCAUAACUUUGGCUCCAGUGAUAGGACUAAUCAAUUGGUCUCUUCAGCUUGUAGCCUUUGUGCUAUCUCUGGAUACCCUCUACAUGCUCACCCACCAAACUUUUUGUAUAUGAACAAUACCACCCAUAUGUUUUCUCCAGCCCAUUUCAACUUGUACACCUACUCUUUCUCGGAUGUGAUACGUUCCAAAUUACAUAGCUCCACAAGCGAUUUUUAUCAUAAACCUGCUGACUUUUCAACUCACCAGUUAGGUGUGGUUUCAAAAAAACACCUUCCUUUAUACCCCAAAGUAUCUUUAAAUGAAUCUUAUAGUCCAACAUCUACAGGCAACAACAGUUAUUCUGCUUAUAGUAUAAUCCGUGGCUUCCGUUCAUUGCCGUACCCAUUGAAGAAAAAAGACGGAAAGAUGCAAUACGAAUGUAAUGUUUGUUGUAAGAUAUUCGGACAGCUGUCCAAUCUCAAGGUUCACCUUCGGACCCACUCGGGUGAACGUCCAUUCACAUGUUCUGUCUGUGGAAAAAGUUUCACUCAACUAGCCCACCUUCAAAAACAUAAUUUGGUCCACACUGGAGAAAAACCACAUCAAUGCAAUGUUUGCAAGAAGCGAUUUAGCAGUACUAGCAACUUAAAAACCCACUUGAGGUUGCACAGUGGUCAGAAGCCGUAUGUGUGUGACUUAUGUCCAGCAAAGUUUACGCAGUUUGUACAUCUUAAGCUCCAUAAGCGACUUCACACUAAUGAGAGGCCAUACACCUGUGCAACGUGUAAUAAAAAGUAUAUAAGCGCUUCUGGACUCAGAACGCAUUGGAAAACUACAUCAUGUCGUCCUAAUCCUGUACAAGAAAGAAUUAUAGAAUUGGAGAAGAACAAAAGCUUAGAUUACUUUUUAACUGAUAGGGACACCAGCAAAGAGCCGCCUUCCACCCCAAAAUCAAUGUUCAUCCAGUUACCUGGACCAGUUAUUGGACUAAGUGGUCAGAUAACCCAAAUUACUGAAACAAAUACAAAGGAAUCAGCAAAGGCAGAGGAGGUUCUUUCUCUAUCUCUUUUGAACGAAUGCUUUGGUGUUCAGCAAGAACCAAAAUUCAAGUCUACCUUCAGCGAGCAGCUGUUGUCUCCAACUGAUGAUCUUUCAAAAAAAAUGUAUAUUUGA